AUGUUAAGAUUACAACAUAUUGUACUAUUAGUGGCAACAUUGAUGAUGAUGGUGUUGAUGCCCAUCACACUUACACAGGCAUCAUCAGUAAACGAACUCCGAUUCUUGCCAACAUAUGACAAGGACAUCAAGGGCCAAUACACUGGCUACUUGACCGUGGGCACAUCUAAGCACUACUUCUUCUGGUUUAUCGAGUCGCGCAACAACCCAUCAAGCGACCCCGUCGCACUCUUCCUCAAUGGUGGACCCGGCUGCAGCAGCAUGCUGGGCGCACUCACCGAGAACGGCCCCUUCACCGUCAUGAAGGACACCACCGGUGCCAGCGGCCACGACAAGUUCUUCGUCGUCGAGAACCCAUACACGUGGGCCAAUGUCGCCAGCAUGCUCUAUCUCGAGUCGCCCGCCGGCGUCGGUUUCUCAUACAACACCGACGGCAACUACACCACUGGCGACUUCCAGACCGCGUCCGACAACAUGGCUGCGCUCCAAGAGUUCUUCACACUGUUCCCCGAGUUCCGCGCCAACGACCUGUACAUCGCUGGUGAGUCAUACGCCGGCCACUACGUGCCCCAGCUCGCCGGUCUCAUCGUGAGCCAGCAGCCAUCGAUCGGUCUCAACCUGCGCGGUGUCAUGGUGGGCAACCCAUCGUUCAACUUCACCGUUGACGCACAGUUCUACCCAACAUUCAUGGCGUUCCACGCAUUGCUCAGCUACAACGACUACAUGAACAUGUCGUCCAUCUGUGGCGGCGUCUUCUACCCUGCGUCAUCCGAGUGCCAGGCUGUUCAGAACGAGCUGUUCAACGCCUUCAACCUGAUCAACCCAUACGACAUCUACGAGCCAUGCGUUGGCGAGGGACCAGCCUCGGGCGGCUCCUGCUUCACCACCGAGACCGCGCUGCUGGGCAGCUCGCGUCACACCGUCCGCUCAUCGCAGGUGUUCAUCCCAUGUCUGGACGAGAGUGCCAUCGAGGGCUACCUUAACCGCGAGGACGUGCAGAAGGCGCUGGGCGUGGAGUCGCACACUGUGCCUUCGGGCCAAUGGCAACCAUGCUCGCCAAUCAUCAACUACACACAGAUCGUCGAGGAUAUCCCUCAGAUGUAUCAAUUGUUGAUCCACAAUGGUCUUCAGGUGCUCGUGUUCUCUGGUGAUGUCGACAGUUGUGUUCCAUACCUUGGUACAUCGCAGGCGGUCGCUCAGCUUGGCUACCCAGUGUCAUCGGCGUGGCGUCCAUGGAUCUUGGUGGACGAUCAGAAGUACCAACAGGUUGCUGGCUACGUCGUCUCCUACUCAACAGCCUCUGUCAACAGUGCUGCCACUCUAUCAUUUGCCACCGUCAAGGGUGCUGGCCACAUGGUUAGCUCUUACAAGCCUGCUCAAGCUCUAGCACUCUUCACUCGCUUCGUCACUGGAACACCAUUU